ACUCAACCUUCAACCACGUGUGAGCAAGCGUACCAAAGUUUUCUUUUGGUAUUUGGUUUUUUGUCGGUCAAAUUAAAGUUUUUUUUUUUUAAUAAAAUCUAUUUAUUAAUAAAAAAAUGAUUUCAAAAAUUACAAAAACUAAAAAACAAGACAAUGAAAAUGUCGAUGAAACCGAGGAAAAAGAAAAACUACCAAAUGAAGUGUUAGUUAUAGCUCAAGAAGUGAAAAUAAUUAAUGCUCUUGCUAGCAAUGAUUUGUCUCAAAGAACGAAACAAUUGAAGAAGCUUCGUCGUUGGCUAACAAUUAGAUCCAAUAGUUCCUUUUCAUUCCAUGAAGAGGACUUUCUGCGCAUAUGGAAGGGCCUCUACUAUAUGAUGUGGAUGUCGGACAAGCCAAUGGUUCAAGAAGAUUUGGCCGAAGAUUUUGGAAAACUUUUAGAAUGUUUUAGCGAGGUGAAAACGGGAGUUCAAUUUUUUGGUGCUUUUCUGAAGACCAUGUGUCGAGAAUGGUUUGGUGUGGAUCAGUGGAGAAUGGAUAAGUUCUUGAUGUUGAUUCGUCGAAUGCUGCGUUAUAUGUUCCGUACUCUUAAAAAAGACAAUUGGUCAGCAGCUGGAAUUAAAGAAUUUAAUAGUCAUAUUCUUGAAACAAUUUUGGCGGAAAAUGCUUCUGGUGGCAUUGCAAUGCAUUUCUUGGAUAUAUUUUUCGAUGAAUUGGCUAAAGUAUCGGAUGGCGAUCUAAAUGCCAAGAGUGUUGGCCAAUUUAUUAAGCCAUUUGUUAAAUUUAUGGCCCAACAAAAUGAUUUUAAAAUACUUGGACAUUGUCGGAAUAAAGUUUUUAAUCAUUUGCUAUACCAGAGUGAACUUGGACGUGAAUUUACAGAUAAAUACAAUGCUUGGAAGGAGAUGGGUUUUCCAACUGAAUCCAUUGAUGAUCUUGAAAAAGCAGAUGCCCCUUCAGACACAGAAGAAGAAAAUAAUGAACCUCAAGGGCCAAAAGUUCUAGAUCCUAGAGCAGGUAAUGUUGAUGUUUUUAUUCCAUUGUUGCCUUUGGAUGGCAAAUAUGUUAUCAAAGAGAUUGAAUCUCUUUUGUAUAAAGAAGAAACAUCAACUAAAAGUCGUAAGAUGCUCAAGGAUAUUUUAGAAAAAUAUCAAACAUACCAAUCUGGUAAAUUUCCAUUGGGAGUACACACAAUGCCCAGACCACAUCUUAAAUCUGACGUGCCAUUGAUAAAGAGCAAGGUAGAUGCUUUGGAUGAUUUAGAAAAUGAUAUAUUCUCCACAACAAGAAAACUCAAGCAACUAAGUAAGAAGAGACGUAAGAAGCUUUUGGCUUCAUUGAACUAUAGCGAUGCUGAUGAGGAUACAUUUGAAAAAAUGAUUGAAAAUUCAAUACCGAAAAGUUUGCAAAACUCUGAAAAGGGAAAAAAGCGAAAAUCUCUUCCUUCUAUGUCAUGGGUUGAAGAGGAGGUAGAAAACGAAGUAUCACCAAGUAAAAUUCAAAAGACAGAUGAUGAAGUUGAAGCAGCAGCAACAAAUCAACAACCAAACUCAAAAAAGCAAAAGAAAAAGAUUCAAAAAGAUAAUAAACGCAAGCAACUAAGUGACAAAUCAAAUGUCACAGCAUCUAACGACGCUCCCGCUGUCGAAAAGAAAAAUAAGAAAGCUUCGGAAGAAAAGAAAGCAUCCGAAGAAAAUAAAAUGUCCGAAUGGGAUGAACCCUUGACAGAGGGUGAAAUAGAAUAUUUCAUUCCAUCCAAGAAAAUUCAACUAAAAGAAGCCAAUGAAAAAUUAGCCGACAUUGUUCCAAAUCCAUUUGCACAUUUAAAUCAAACAGCGACACCUAAAACACCAAAAAAUAUGCUCUUGGGAAAGAAACAGAAAAAACAGGCUCAAAGUGCAAAGUUGGCGAAGGAAACACCAGCGUCUCCAUACACUCCUGCCAAACGUGUGAAAAUAAUGCUACAAAGGAAUACAAUGCAAAAUCCAAGUGAAUAUAUUAAACAGAUCAAAAGCUCCCCUAAUGUACCCUUUGAUGCAACUAAGAAACCAUCAAAAGGUCUGCUGAAACCCAACUCGAUGCCAAGUCCGAUUAAUCCGUUUUAUAAAAAGAAAAUUGGUCUUAAACUACUAAAUGAUACACUCUGAUAUAAAUUAAAUCAUUGUUUAUCUUAUUUUAAUUUUUUUACACCUAAAGAUUGAUAUGCUAUUGUAUAAAUACUGAUUUCGAGUCAUUCAAAAUCAAUUUUACAUCAAGAUAUUAUUUGGUCAUAAUUAAUGAACACUGAGAAUUUUUCUUGGUGAAAAAGUUUUAUAUCGAGCGAUGAGGAUAUCAAUUUGGGUCAGCAAGUCUGUACGGCAACCAAUGUCAAAAAAUGCAAGUUCCACUGUUUUACCCUUAAAUACGCUGCCCUGAUAUAUCACUUUUACAUUUUAAAAUGUAUGUAUCUUUCUUUUAAAAUAUUUUU